AUGACCGAAACUGUCGUGAGUCCUGAAACCCGUCUGGAAAGACAAGUUAAGCUUUUUUGGGAGCUGGAAAGUGGGGACACAGGAGCCUUGCAGUCAGCAGCUCAUUCACUUGAGGACAAAAGAGUGUUGAGGCUAUGGAUAUCGCUGAACGACCAGGUACUACAAGGUCCAGACUUCAACAACAAAUUACUUGGAGUUCUGUUUAGGUUUCGCCAAGGAACUACAGCCAUCAUGGAAGAUGUGGAGGCGAUGUACCAUCAAAUCCAUGUAGCGCCAGAACAUCGAGAUGCGUUAAGAUUCCUCUGGUGGGAGAAUGGGGACCUGAGUAGAGAGCCAGUAACUUACAGGAUGAAGGUGCACAUCUUUGGUGGGAUGUGGAGCCCUUCAUAUGUAACUUACGCUCUCCGGCGCACAUUCCAAGACCACAGAUCCGAGUUUCCCGACAUGGUGGCGCAAGCGGAAGUCAACUUCUCCGUUGACGACCUGCUCAUGUCGCUGGACUCCUCAAAUGAAGCAUCAAUGUUAGAGUGUCAGCUUCGAAGACUGUUGGCGUGUGGAGGAUUUCGGUUAACUAAGUGGGCCAGUAAUCACAAAGGAGUGUUGGCUACCAUCCCACCGGAGGAGAGGCAAAAUGCACUGAAGGAAAUUGAUCUGAGGCAAGGCAAAUUGCCAAUGGAGCGAGCCCUGGGGGUUAGGUGGCUCCUGGAAGGUGAUCAGCUCGCCAUCAAGGUGCAACCUAACUCAAGGCCAGCGACCAGGAGAGGAGUACUAAGCCUGGCUGCUUACGGUGCGGUGACCUAUCUGAGAAUGGUAAACUCUGGCGGAAGUAUCCGGUGCUUUUUCGUGUACGGACGGGCCAAGCUGGCCCCACUCAAGCAACUGACAAUACCAAGGCUGGAACUUUGUGCAGCUGUCCUGGCAGUGAACGCUGAUCGAACGAUUCGCCGAGAAAUGACCAUGGCCAUACACGAAUCUUAUUUUUGGACGGAUAGCAUGCUAGUCUUGCAGUACAUCGCCAAUUCGAGCAGACGAUUUCAAACGUUUGUAGCCAACAGGAUAGCAGUCAUACAAGAGCUGUCAAGAACUGACCAGUGGAGACAUGUCGGCACAUUGCUGAACCCAGCAGAUGAUGCAACUAGGGGAUUACCUGUCCUGGACCUGGUUGCAGGAUCUCGGUGGAUACGAGGUACUGACUUUCUACUCAGUGUUGAAGAACGGUGGCCAAAGGGAAAGGAACUGCCAGCAGUUCUGAACGACUUACCGGAGGUGAAACGAGAAGUACACCAGAGAUCUGUAGUUGCUCUGGCAGUGAGCAAGCAGUCAAAGUGGUCCCUCGCCAAACUGUGGCUCAGUACAAGGACCGCAGACCUGCGCCUCAAACUGAAGAGUCUAAGCACUGAGGAACUACAGUCGGCUGAGCAGACAAUUAUAAAAUUGGUGCAGAAAGAGGCUUAUGAGAAAGAAAUCCAAACUGUCAUAAAGGGUGAGCUGCCGAGGGACAAUAAGCUAUAUAAACUGGAACCUUACUUGGACGAGCGAACGUUGCUCAGAUCAAAGGGAAGAAUUAAAGGAACCCUUCUUGGGCGAAGUGGUGAGGAGCCAAUCUUGCUGCCUAGAGACCACCACAUCACCGAAAUCAUAGUGCGGGAGAUGCACGAAGAGAGAGCCGGACAUGCCGGACGAGAACACACGAUGGCGUGUGAGAGGCAAAGGUAUUGGAUUCCCCAGGGCAGAAGCUUGCUUGAUAGAAUCAUACGACGCUGUGUAGUGUGCAGACGGAACAACUGGAGAAGUCGGCAUCAAAGGCAAGCUGACUUACCAAUAGAUCGUGUCACUCCUGGAAAGGCUCCAUUUGCUUACACUGGAACGGACUGUUUUGGUCCAUUCAUUAUCAAGGUAGAGAGGAAACAGGUUAAGCGCUGGGGAUGUCUGUUUACAUGUCUAACUAUUAGGGCUGUUCAUCUAGAAGUCUUGGCCUCAUUAGACGCAGAUGCCUUCCUCAACACAAUAACAAGGUUCUCACGACGCAGAGGUACACCAGAGCGUAUUAGGUCGGAUAAUGGGACAAACAUGGUACGGGCAGCCAAAGAGCUCAAACUGGAAGUGAAAAGUUGGGAGCAAGAUGACAGACUCAGAGGUGCCUUACUGAAAGCAGAUAUUGACUGGGUCUUCAAUCCACCAGCUGCCCCAUACAUGGGGGGAGUAUGGGAAAGGCAGAUUCGCACAGUAAAGAAGGUUCUGCAGGCGAUUGUGGGCUCACAAGUUUUAGACGAUAAACGUCUGCAAACACUGUUCUGUGAAGUGGAAGCCAUAGUUAACAGUAGGCCAAUCACCCCGGUUCCAAACACUCCAAAUGAACCAAAGGCUCUCACUCCUGCUGAUCUUUUGCACUUAAGUCAAAAGGGUAAUCUUCCCUUAGGUGGAAGGUCAAUAGGCGAAUCAUACCACAGAAGGUGGAAGCAUGUCCAGUACCUUGCAGAUCAAUUUUGGAAGCGCUGGCUGACGGAGUACCUCCCUCAACUCAGAACUCGACAAGUGCAUUUCAGACCACCGCGCAACUUUCGCCCUGGUGACCUAAUCAUUAUAGCAGAAGCAAAUAGUCCAUGCAACAAAUGGCACCUUGGUCGAGUGAUGGAAGUCAAGGCUGGCGCGGAUGGACUUGUCCGACAGGCAGUGGUAAAGACGUCGACGUCCACAAUGUUGCGACCUGUGACAAAAUUAUGCUUGUUGGAGGGAGCAAUGGAAAGGGUUGACGGAGUCAGCCAAGAGAAUGAAUUGGGUAUCCACACAUGA